GUUCAAACUUUUGAGAAACGGAUCCUUCCUUUGUGGUUUUUUUGAAGUAAUUCACUCUUUACAAUCAUCAUCAUUUUCUAGGAUUUGAUUCAAUGGCAGAAACGAGAUAAAAAAAAAACAGAGAUUGAUAAAACAACAGAGUCGAAACAGAACAAUAAGAGAAAACCCGUGUUGGCAAAAGAUCUGAAGAUAUGUUCUGUUGCGGUGGUGCGGAUGAGGAACCCGCCGGUCCCCCCGCAAACCAGUAUGCAGCCCCUCCUAACAAAGCCGGGAAUCCCAAUUUUGGCGGUGGGAAUAGAGGGGAACCGAGGAAUCCAAACGCAGCGAGACCGGGAGCUCCUGCAAAGGUUUUGCCCAUAGAGAUCCCUUCUAUUGCAUUGGAUGAGUUGAACAGAAUGGCAGGUAACUUCGGAAACAAGGCACUCAUCGGUGAAGGUUCGUAUGGACGUGUCUUCUUAGGCAAGUUUAAGGGCGAAGCUGUUGCUAUUAAGAAGCUCGAUGCCUCUUCUGAAGAACCUGACUCCGAUUUCACCUCACAGUUAUCGGUGGUAUCUCGGCUUAAACACGACCAUUUUGUGGAGUUGCUGGGGUACUGCUUGGAGGCAAAUAACCGCAUUCUCAUCUACCAGUUUGCAACCAAAGGUUCUUUACACGAUGUAUUACAUGGGAGAAAGGGAGUGCAAGGGGCUGAGCCAGGACCAGUACUGAACUGGAACCAAAGGGUAAAGAUCGCAUAUGGAGCAGCCAAAGGGCUUGAGUUCCUUCACGAGAAGGUCCAGCCACCAAUAGUCCACAGGGACGUGAGGUCGAGCAAUGUCUUGUUGUUUGAUGACUUUGUCGCCAAAAUGGCUGAUUUCAACUUGACCAACGCUUCCUCCGAUACCGCGGCUAGGCUUCACUCUACUCGUGUUUUGGGAACGUUCGGCUAUCACGCUCCAGAGUAUGCAAUGACAGGACAGAUAACGCAGAAGAGUGAUGUGUAUAGUUUCGGUGUUGUGCUAUUGGAGCUCUUGACAGGAAGGAAACCCGUAGAUCAUACCAUGCCUAAAGGUCAACAAAGUCUUGUUACUUGGGCAACUCCAAGACUAAGUGAAGACAAAGUGAAACAAUGUAUAGAUCCGAAGCUUAACAAUGACUUCCCUCCCAAAGCAGUAGCCAAGUUGGCAGCCGUGGCGGCUUUGUGUGUCCAGUACGAGGCAGACUUUCGACCGAACAUGACCAUCGUUGUCAAGGCACUUCAGCCUCUUCUUAACUCUAAACCAGCUGGUCCUGAGUCUUCAUCCUAAAAAUAACCAGUUUUACCAUUACUCUUCCUUGUUCUUCUUAUUUUGUUGCUGUUCUUGUUGUUGUUGCUAUGGCUAUUUUUCUCUCGUUUCUGUUCGAAUACCUAUGAUUAUUGGUUUAUAAGAGAUGAUGUUACUUUAUGGAAUGUAACUUAUAAUUUUUCA